UAUUAUUCUAAACUCAACUCUCAAACUGAAUCUGUGUUAGUUAAAAUGUUUUUUAUUAAUUUUUUCACAAAAUAUAUUCAAUGAAAAUUAUUUUUUUUAUUAUAUUUAUAAAUAUGAUAAUUGAGUUGAUAUUAACUUUAUAUAAAUAUAAAAAUAUUUUGUGUAAUGGAAUGCUGCUAGUUAACUCUAAUAAAUUACUGAGUUUAUGAACCCAAAUCGGCCCUAUUAGGCAUUUUCUUUUAAUCAAAUCAGUUAAGAAAUUGCCUCCAAACAUCCUCUUACUUUUACUUUGUCGUCAAUUUUCCGCUCUUUCUCAUCUCCUUUACUCAACCAAGAAGAAAGAGUCGCUUUGUUUUUCGAUCAGACCAAACAAUACCGCUGCAUUUCCACCAAGAAUGGAGUACGAUUUCAGAAAACGAACCGCGCCACCGUACGAUUCCAACACGCCGUCGUACGGCCGGGCUCCCUCCACCGCUGCCGCGUCAUCGGCCGCCGCUUCUCAUCCGGUCUACGGUCAACAAUCUUUACUCUACCCAAAGAUCGGCAGCUCCGGCCCUCAGUCAGCCACCCCGCAUGUCCGCAACGCCCCGUUUCACCACGCGCCACUUCCCCCUUCUAAUUCUGGGAUCGGGAUUAGGGUUGCUAUCAAACCUGAAUAUAGAAUUACUCCACCGCCCCCAUUGCUGCCACAUCUAGGAGAGAUUCCGCGCAGCAAUUUCCACUUUGACUUCGAAUUCGAGAGGAAUGUACUGACGGAAGCAGUUAAGGAAAACCCCAACUGGGGUAGGCUUGGAAUCGACAAUGCUCCACCAAAGGCAAAUGAGCCAACACCAUCUUAUGGUCCGGCUGCGGAUCCCGUGGUGAGCAAAUACAUAGCAGCAGGUCUCAGCAGAGAGGCUGUGCCGCUUGCAGUUGCAAAUUAUGGAGACAAUCCCUCUAAGGUUAAGGAAUUCGCCAACGGAUUUACCCUUCUGCGAGAAAUGGGAUUCUCAUCCAACAACGUCGCUGAGGCCUUAAUCAUGUACGACAAUGACACGGACAAGGCAUUGGCUCAACUUAUCAAUGCUCCAUCUUGAAUAAAACUAUAUCAGAUGUUUGAUCAACAUGAAUUUGUUUGUCGUUGUAAAGAGUUCUCUGCAAAGAUAUUCUAUGAUGGUAUACACAUUUAGUAUGAGUGAUGACAAGGAGCAACCACCAUUAUCUUUC